UGAGUCUUCCAGUCUCGGCGCAAAGCUGUCAUGGUCGAGGCGAUGCGGAUGCAUGCCGGUGCGAUUCACGCCAUCCUCGAUUUGUCUGUCAGUUGUUUCCGCACCGAGGCUCGCAGUGCAGUCGGUCGAAAUAGCGAAAAGCGCGCGCGAUAGAAUUCGCCCCGUUUGAGAAUUUAGAGUGUUUCGUUGUUUUUUUUUUGACAGACACUGAAAGACUUCAGGCGGUCGCGGAGCUUUGAGGUGGGUUUCCUUGUUUUCAGAUAAAGCGAAAGUUAUUAAAACUCUUUUGCACGUCAAGCGUACUUUGCUUAAUAAAUCCAGAAGGAUCGAUAAAUGACAUACAUAUAUCAUCACUCACAUGGCUACCCUUCAACAUGCGAAACUAUGGCAAGAUGGCUGUGCUUGCCGAAAAACAAGAGCACCGAAAAUCGGAGAUAUUUCCAGACAUACGGCAGUGGACGUGGACAUAAAACAAAAGGAAGUGGAAAAAGUAAAAACUAACCCAUUCUCGGCCACCUUCAAGAAAAUUAACAAUCCUCACGAUGUCAUACGCGCACAAACCGAGCUGACUAGAACCUUACACGAAAUCACACGACCUACAUCCACUCCACCCGAAGUCGUUCAACGAACGCCACGGCCUAGCGAUGUGACUCGAAUGAUCUCGGAAGGUCGAUCAGCGCACGAGACAGAACGAACGCACACCGAAACACGAAAUAAUGCCACCGAAGAAGUACGACCCGAACCUAAUCGAGCGGGAGUCGAAGUCGCCCGAGCACAAGUCGGCGGACGCAAAUCCGACGCUGAAAUUGUGGUGGAGCGAGUCAAAGUGAACCGAGCGAAUGGAAGAAGGGUCGGUGCUCCUAGCGGUAAUUCUGAAGAUCACAAUCGACGAAUAGACUCAAACACACCCGAGCCGAACCAAAUAGAACCUGUGAUAGAUAACAACUCAGUGCCUUCCCUUAAGAAUAUUUCUGAGGAUAUCUCUGUUGAGAAUGUCAAGGGGCUCAGCCCUAAAAUGUUGAUACAAUCAAAAUCUUUGGCUGGAAUAGACAAUCGACCAAUUUAUCCAAAUUGUCAGUUUUCCCCAUACAACAGCCCUACAAAUAGCCCAAGGAGUAGUCGAAAAAGACAGCCUUUGAGAGAAUCUAGAAGAGUUUCUAUUGAAAAGUCCGGAAUGUAUUUACAGCUGAACCAGUACAAACUCAUGGACAGCAUAGGGCAGGGCUCGUAUGGUAUAGUCAAACUGGCGUAUAAUGAAGAAGAUGAUACUCAUUAUGCAAUGAAAAUUCUCUCCAAGAAGAAGCUGCUCAAGAAAUCUGGAAUGUUCAGCCGCCUGCCCCCCGCCCGUAAAGACAGCCGUUCCGGUUCCUCCCCCGUUAACCAUCCUUUGCAAAAAGUGUACCGUGAGAUCGCAAUCCUCAAGAAACUGGACCAUCCGAACGUUGUGAAAUUAGUAGAGGUAUUGGACGACCCGGUAGAGGAUCAUCUUUACCUUGUUUUCGAACUGCUGGAGGGCGGACAAGUAUUGGAAGUACCGACGGAUACGCCACUGGAUGAGGAAAAAGCAUGGACGUACUUCAGGGACGUAGUUUUGGGGAUUGAAUAUCUGCAUUAUCAGCGAAUAAUCCACCGUGAUAUCAAACCUGCUAAUUUACUCCUUAGUGAUGAGGACCGAGUACAAAUCGCCGAUUUGGGAGUAUCCAAUGAAUUCAGCGGAAGCGAUGCAUUUCUAUCCGGCACUGCUGGCACUCCAGCUUUUACUGCGCCUGAAGCACUCAACGACCAGAGGCAAGCUGGAUUCAGUGGAAAGGCAACAGAUAUUUGGUCAAUGGGCGUAACUCUCUACACAUUUGUUUACGGUUUUCUACCCUUCCACGACGACAAUAUAGUAGGACUCUAUUCGAAAAUCAAACAUCAGAACGUCGAGUUUCCCAGCCAGCCAGACAUCAGCGACGAUCUCAAAGACUUGAUUAGGAAGAUGCUGGUUAAAGAGCCCAGUCAAAGGAUAACUCUACCAGAGAUCAAAGUUCACCCCUGGGUCACUAAACACGGCAGUCGACCCCUUCCAUCGGAAGAAGAAAACUGCCAUCUAGUGGAAGUUACCGAAGAAGAUGUAGCGAAGGUCAUAACUUCCAUACCGAAGUUAGAUACUUUAAUUUUGAUAAAACAUAUGCUCAAAAAACACUCAUUUCAGAACCCCUUCCUUCACCGUCGAGACACUACCUUAGUGCCCUCAGAUUCUGGAACAACUGCAAUCACAAGACAUCACAUUGGUGCAUCAGGCCGUUCGAAAUCAGCUCCAGACAGCUACGAUUGGAACCAUGAGAGACAAAUGAGCAUCGAAACUAGCUUGGAAUGCGUGGAAGAGGUCAUCGUAGACGUGGAUGAAAACUGUAAAAAUGUUCUAGAAAGGACGACCAAACGGUGAUAAUGAAAUAUUUUUCGAAUGUGAAAAUGCGAAUGGAUUAUGAUAGAUAAUUAAGAUUUGAUAUGGAGUAUGUGAUAUUCAACGUAUUUUGAACAUAUGAGCCAUUUGUUUUUAGUUUUCGUUUGAUCGUAGCUCAGAAGAAGAGUUUAUUCAGUCCCAGAAAGGGUAAUAUUCAUUUUCCUUUUUUGUUGACGUAACAAUUUUUAGUACAUAGUACUUCUUCGAUAAUAAUUAAGAAUGGUUUCAAUGGCUUUAUUUAAACGAGUCUACCACAUUUAAAAAUUUUCAGAAUGCAAACUAGGCGCUGUAUAAAAGUUCCAGCACUGUUACGAUUUUUUAUUAUAGAAUUCUGAAUUCUUUUGAAGAAAAAAAUAAUGCGAUCAUCGAAUCUGACAACCGGAACAUGUCACUCUAGCGCAGUAUCGUUUUUUCUUGCACGACACCUACUUUCUGAUUGAAUUCGCUUAUAAUUUCCAAAGGAAGAUAUGUUCAACAUAUUUUCAACUCAGUUUUUUCAGUUCAACAACCUAAAUAUGUGGGUUACGACAGGUUGUGUUCUGAGAUUACCAGAGUUGUAUUCUCAAUUUGUUCGCUUUCAAAUAAAUUAUGUGUAUUGGAAAACCGGUUUCGACAAAGUAUGACGCACAUUCAUAGGAAAUAAAAAACUUCCCAAUUGUUAAGUAGUCAAAAAUACGCGCAAUUCUGAUUUCGCGUAGUAAAGGCAGAUGGUGGUUUUGUGGUUUACGAGGCGCCACUAAAUUUUGUUAUACCUACUCGAUGUUUCUUUCAGAAAAAUCACAGUGUUUAUUCAAUUAAGAAUAUGUAUUAGUGUGUUAUUUUUCGAAUUAUUUAGUGCUUCUUGUGUGAUAGUCUGUGUAAACAUGAACAUUUUCUCCCACAGCCAUACAUUCAACGCCAUCUUUUACCCGGUAUCUUCUCUGAAUGAUGAAUAUUGGGUAUAUUGUUUUUCUUGUUACAAGGAAUUUGAUGGAAAAAAGAUAUAUUCGGCUUUCGAACGAUGUUUAAAAACUAUUUUUCUAUGACUAUUGAAUAAAAUCAUUGAUUGUUUCACAUUUUCUUGUUGAGUGAGUAGCGGAAUGAUCCAUAAAUUCGAACCAAUCACAAUUUUGCAUAUUCAUAACUCACAACCUCUAGGCAAUCAUAUAUGAGCAAAUUCAUAAAAUAUCAAUUGUCUUUCAGCUAUUUCCAAUCGGUAGUAAGCCUAGCUAGUAAGCGAAAUUAUACCAUUGAACUGACUGUGAUAGCUUCUAACGAAAAGCAAAAUUAAAAACAUGUACUCGGGUUAUUCACGACAAAUUUCAUUAUCGUGAGCAAUGGCCACAUUUCUCGCUCGUUGAAUAAUAUUCUAUCUCCUACAAAUCAACUCUAUGAAGGUAUAUGAUGAGUUUUAUGAAAAAUCAUUGUUAAUAAAUAUUUGUCAUAAUUUUCUCACAAAAAAGAUUACUUACACUUGAUUAAUAAGUACUUAUUAACUAGUACAAUGCACAUACAUCCUCUUGUCAGGGCAUACGUGAAUUAGAUGAAAUCAUAUAAUAUUUUGAAAUCAAUAUACUCAAUAUGUACAGCUUUAAUUAUAGAGGAAAAUGAAAAUCAGAUUGAGUGUGCCUUAUUUUAACCUUAUUUUAUCGAACUGGUAAUUGGAUACACUAAUUUCAUCGAACAGUCCAAAAAUAUCAAGAGCGAUUUUUUUUCUAAAUUUUGUAUUCACAGAACAUAACCUGACAUAUUCAGGUUGUACCACUGGCUGAAGAAACGUGGCUGAAAAUUUGUCAGACAAUUUAUCAACUAUCUUUUGGUGGGCAAUUAUGAAAAAAUUUAAUUGAAAAUUUGGUGUUAUACAAUAAGCGAACGGUAUCGCGCCGGAAUGAUAUUCUAAGCCAAUUUUUUUUGACGCACAAUAUUUUUAUUAAAAUAGAAAAUUUUAAUUUUGUAGAAAUCUUAGCAGGAUGCCCUUGAAAUGUUUGGGAGCUACAGGUUAAGGGCCUGACCAGCAACCCCUAUUCAGAUGUGAUAAUGAUGAUAAUGAUAAUGAUGACGACUUCUUAUUCAAAUAUUUUAUUAUUUUUAUGAAUACGUAUAAAACACUACGAUACAGUUUGAAUUCAGUGGUAAAACUAUUGUUCUUUUUAUGCAUUCGGGCAUGUAACAUACAUUGCAAUUUCAGUGAAGAAUAAAUAAUUUUCACCAGCUUUACUUUCCAUCUGGAAAGAUUAAAAUAGUACUUUCUUGUGAGGUGGUCGUGGCAAUCAGAAUGUUCAUAUUUAUAUCUUGUCAACUGGAUGAAAAUACUUAUCUUUGUUUUGAACCAUUACAUUAGAUUGUCGGGAAUUCAAAUCUAUUGUGAUGCUCCUUGGUUGUUAGAGCUCAUUGUCUAGCUAGAUCUCUUUGAUAAGACUCCAUAGCCUUGACAC